GCGUCGGGCGUCGUCGGCGGCGUUCCUGUCGGCUCGUGCAGAGGAGACGAAACGCAAGCGUAGCACCGCGGCGGUUGCAAGUACACGUGUACGAACAAUUGCUCUGUCCGGUGCGCGUUUUACCCUCACGAUGCGUAGCAGCAGCAUUUUAUUUAUUCAGGUUACAUUGCUAAUUUUGAGCACCACAUCUCUAUGUGACCCAACAAUGAAAGAUAUCAAAUGCGAAGUUUGCAGAGCCCUUGUAAAGGAAUCCGUGGAUCUAAUCGCGAAAGCCGAUCCGAAAAAGAAGAUCCCCGUGGGAAGUUUCCGACUACGAGCUGACGGCACGCAGGAACAGAAAACGGUACUCUAUGCGGGCUCAGAAACACACAUGCAUGACCUCUUGGAACAGGUGUGUUCCUCCCUGGACAACUAUGCUCAGGCUACUCACAAGGAAAAUGGCGAACUGAUCCUUGUCAACCUGAACAAGGACAUUGGAAAACUGAGCACUUACCAGGUUCUGGCCAACCCUGACGAAAACGGAAAGCUCCGGAAGCUUUGUGAAGACAUGCUUGGAGAGUUCGAAGAUGAAUACAUCCGGGUUUUCUCAAAGCAAAAAGUCAGAGUUGAACCUCAAGCAUUCAAGUUGUUCUGCGAAGGCAAUGAAGAUAUCUGUGAAUCAAGAGCUACAAAACAAGAAUUGUAGUCAUGUUCCAAAUAGGGAUACAUUUUGCACAGUUGGACAUUUGUUACUUUAUCGUUUUGUUGCAUUUUCCUGGGCAUUUUCCACAUUUACAAAAGCAUGCUACUCCAUUUUUAUUUAUAUCUUGCAUACAAUGAUCUUGGCUGGCCCCAUGUGAUAUUUUCAUCAAUGAAACGAGUUACGGUCGAACUGUGACACUAAAGAAUGUUCUUCACCUUGUCGCCUUUUUUGGGAGGAAUUGCAAUGGCUCUAGACGCACAUUAUCUUAGUGGAAAUGUAGCUUGAUUUUUUAAACAAAUAUGCAGGUGUGUGAAUGGGUAUACUUUAGAAUAAAGGAAACGUUUGCUUAUGAA